AUGUUUUGGAAAAAUGUGCAAAGCGAAGCCAGCGAAAAUCAAUUUAUGGACACGAAUAAUUUCACACCGGAUGAUUCAGAAAAUAACGAAAUACAUGAAAUGGUUGUCAAAACUAAUGACAUUACUGAAGGUGAUGGAAAAGAGGCGACGGAUGGAGACGUUGUGAGAAUUUACUUCGAAAAUUUAGUGCAAGGCAAUUCGAACGUUGUUGGUCGCGUGAAUAAUGGACACGGUGUGACUUUGACAUUGGGUAGCAAAGAUGGAACGGUCAUAGAAGGUCUGGAAAUCGGUAUUAUUGGAAUGAAGGUGGGCGGAACGCGUCAAAUAAUAUCUCCACCGAAAUUUGCAUACGGAGAUGCUGGUAUAUUGCCGUUUAUUCCAGCAAAUGCAACAGUUAUAUCAACUGUGACUUUACUUGAAAUUGUGUGA